GUGAUGUUUUGAUGCGAGCAAUGGAUUAGCGGAUCAAUUGUUGUCACAAUCAUUGCUCUCUAAGACACCCUUUAAGACAACACAUCCAUUGAAGUGAUGGCCGACUAUUCUUCGGUUAGAAUUGGAAAACUCAAACUUAAGGGAGAGAAGAGAAAGAAGAAGAAACAGAAGACAACAACAGAGGAAUCACCCGAAGAGACACAAAGACAGACUGAUUUAGUCGACUCUCAAUCACAUGGAAAUUGGUUUCAAAUCAAGACUUUCGAUCAAAUCACGGGUCAAAUAGCGGUUGAGAUGUCUCCCUAUCAAUACAUCCGAGCGCUGGACAACGGACUCUUCAUAUUAGGCGCGGCUCACAGUCCGGGCGAGAGUCCCGAUCCCGAAGAGAUUCUGACAGCCAUUCGUUUCUCAAACACACAAAUCGCUCUCAAAUCGGGUUAUAAUAAGUACUUAAGUAUUGACAGUAAGAGUCGAUUAGUCGGUCGAUCGGAAGCCAUCGGUUCGCGGGAACAGUUUGAACCCGUUUUUCAG